AUGGCGGCUUCUCUCUCGCUACCACUUUCUCUUCUUUCCUAUCUACUCGUCUUGAGUCCCGUCUACGCGGCCACCGCGCCGGUUGCUGCGACAUGGUCCGACUCGACAUUUGGACCGGACGGCCCCUGGCCGGCUAUCGAGGUCACCCUAGGCAGCAGCCAGAGGAUAGCCAUGUAUCCGGGGCGGGAAUUCCAGAGCUUCCUUCUUACCAGCAACUACUGCAGCUAUAACUCGUCACUCCCUUGCUACACUACCCAAGCAGGGCUAUACAACGAAGACCGGUCGGGAUCAUCAGCUUCCAUCCAGUGGCAGCCAGGUUCGGAUUUUAUGUUUGGCGUGCCUAUCAAGGGCGACAAGGCGACGUCGUGGGUAGACAGCGUGCUCUUCGGCGACCAAACCAUCGAAAGCGCUUCUCUGGCCUUGGUCGGCAAGUCCUUCAUGGAGUAUCCAGAUGGCACAUGGUAUCCGCUCACUGUGGGUUGCUUGGGGAUCGGGGCACCCGAGACCGUCAACCAAUCCUUCUCGAACGGUGCCGAGCCGUCGACCAACGCCAGUCUUCUACCUGGAUACCUGUGGGAAAACGGCCAGACGGCGUCAAACUCGUUUGGCAUGCACAUCGGCUCGGCGAACCCCCGAAUGCCGGGUUCGUUCUAUUUCGGAGGCUACGAUCAGAACCGCAUUGUUGGGGAGAUCCUGAGCUACAAAGAUGACUACACGAACCAGAUACCCUUGAAGGACAUUGGAAUCAGGGUUGUGAACGGUUCCUCGCCGUGGGAAUUCGAGUCUUUGGGUGGCCUCCUGGCUUCGGGGAACUCGUCGAUUAAUUCGGGCGGCCUCCAAGUAUCCGUUGAUGGCUGCUCGCCUUACCUGUCGCUGCCUAGAUCCACCUGCGAUGCCAUCGCUGCGCGUUUGCCGGUGACGUUCAACGAACGGCUAGGUCUCUAUUUCUGGAAUACGCAAGAUCCGAAGUACACGCAAAUAGUCACCUCGGCCUCAGCCCUUGAGUUUGUCUUCCUUGGCGUUUCUAACACGAGGAAUGUGACGAUAUCGGUCCCCUUUCUGCACUUAAAUCUUACCCUGUCGGCGCCACUAGUCGAGGAACCCACGCCGUAUUUUCCCUGCUACGCAGGGCCGGCCCCCGCAUACACCCUCGGGCGCGCGUUUUUGCAGGACGCAUUUGUCGGUGCGGAUUGGGGCUCUAGGUCGUGGUGGCUCGCGCAGGCACCCGGACCGAACAUCCCACCUGCGUCCGUCGUUGAGCUCAUGCAAGGGGAUUCGCUCAAAGCUAGCGAAAAUGACUGGCAGGCGUCGUGGUCCGGCUUCUGGACGGCGCUCCCCCCCUCUGCGACUAGCGCAGCAGGCAGUAGUCCGAGCAGAUCGAUAGACGCAGAACCCGCCCCUCCGUCGGGUGGUCUCACGAAGGAGGCUCAGAUCGGUGUCGGGGUAGGUGUCGGUGUCGUAGGCUUAGGCAUCAUCGGCGCUCUUAUCUUUUUCUUCUUACGCCGCCGCAAGUCAAAAACGGAAGAGAACGGAGUAGCGCCGAACGCAGCAUAUCCUGCCCCUGACAGACAAGAGCAGGGAUAUUACGUUCCUGUCAAGAACCACAACUCUUUGGAAAUAACGGAUAUGCCUUCGAUCGCUUCAGGAAACCCCUCGAGUAUGAUGUUCAACCAGUAUGGCCAGCCUUAUCCCCCUCAACCGUACCCCCAAACGUUCCCUCAACCUUACGGCCAACCAUACGGCCAGCCAUACGGUCAACCAUAUACUAGUGAGCUGUCAGGCGUCAGCAAGACAACACCGACGGAGCUGCCCGGGUCGACGUACGAACCACAACUGCUGGACGGAACUCAGGUGGUCAACCACACGCCCUCCCCUCCGAGUCAAGCGUCGCCGCAUUCACUACAUCCGUCGAACCACGAUACCGAUCAGCCGCCACCGCGCGAGUAA